AUGCUUCGCGUGCGAACCUCCUCGUCGCCCUCCGACUCACAGUCGUCGCAACAAUCGUGGCGCGGAUGGCCCGCAGCCGCCUCGUCCGUGGCGCGCCGCCAUGCCACGUCGCUCCGCCGCACGCUGAGCGUCGCGGCGCUGCCUCUGCUGCUCCUGGCGUACGUCGCGGUUCGGCUGACAAUCGCGCCGCAUUAUCAAAGCGCGCUGACUGAGCCCGGCGCAACGACGAGGAAGCCGCGGCGCGUGGAGGCGCUGCGAGUGUUUAUCGUGCCGCUCGACCCGUCCAUGAGCUUCGGGCUGCUCAAUGUGCGACCUCGGGCUGACCCCACUCUCCUGCACCCAUGCCAUCCCUGUCUUUCGUUUGCUCCGCUCAUGUCGUCAUCACAGCUGUCGUUGAGCAUCCCCGCGCGCCUGGUGCCCACGUGGAACCGAGUCACCGGCAGCAACGUCCCCCUCCCGCCCUCCCUCGCGCUCACCACCCCCGCCCUCGCUCUCUCCACAGCUGCCCCCCCAUCCCCCUCUGCUGCUGCGCUGGUGCAAGGCGAGGCGGGGGAUGACCUGGGCACGGCAGAGGAGGGUAGCGGGGAGGAGAAGGAGGAGGAGAUGGUGAGCGUGCAGGUGGCAGCUUAUGACGCAGAGUCACAUGUGUACACAUACAGUGCCGAGUACUGGCUCACCCUCUCACUCUUCACAGGGCUGCCGGCAGUGCGAGUGGUGGAGCACCCCUCACAAGCGGACGCGCUCUUCCUGCCGCUCUUCUCCUCGCUGCUGCUCCUCCGUAGUGGCCCCCCCAACGCGUCGGCCGCAUUCUCUCUGCGCACGCCCCCCGCCCUGCUGGACUCCGUGCUCUCCUAUGUGGCGUCGCUGCUGCAGCAGCACCAGCCUGCACGUGCGCCCCUGCCGCUGCUGCUGCCCGCCGUGCACGCGCAUGCGCUCGCCCCCGCCAAGCGCCAGCUCGCCUCCGCUCGCUUCUUCCUCGCUGAUUUCCGCCACUCCAGCCCCCAGGCGGUGAGUGUGGGCAAGGACGUACUGGUGCCGCUGGCGUCGCCCGUGCCGCCCGUGCUGGACGACACUGGCGAGUGGGCCCACCGCCCCACCCUCGCCUUCUUCCACGGCCCGCCACAGACACAGGAGCGGGUGCGGCUGGCGGCGGUGCUGGCGAGCAGCAUGGACUUUGAGGUGACGGUGUGGGGCGACGUGCACAGCAACGAGCAGCACGAGCAGGAGAGGGCACGGGAGCGGCACGGCAUGCGCACUGCCAAGUUCUGCCUCCUGCUGCCAGGUGAGCUGCCGUGGUCAGCGGGGAUGGGAGACGCCGUGAUGAGCGGGUGUGUGCCGGUGCUGCUGCUGCCCGCCAAGCUACCCGCCCCUUUCUUGCCUCUGGAGGCCUCUGUGCCGUACAAGGAGUUCUCGCUGGUGCUGCCGCUGCCCCUGGCCCUGCGCCCGCGCUACCUGCUGGAGGCACUGGGCGUGGUGAAGCGCCACCAGUGGCUGCGCAUGUGGAACCGCCUGCGCAAGGUGCGUGCUGCCAGUUAUGCCAGUGCUGCCAGUUAUGCCAGUGCUGCCAGUUAUGCCAGUGCUGCCAGUUAUGCCAGUGCUGCCAGUUAUGCCAGUGCUGCCAGUUAUGCCAGUGCUGCCAGUUAUGCCAGUGCUGCCAGUUAUGCCAGUGCUGCCAGUUAUGCCAGUGCUGCCAGUUAUGCCAGUGCUGCCAGUUAUGCCAGUGCUGCCAGUUAUGCCAGUGCUGCCAGUUAUGCCAGUGCUGCCAGUUAUGCCAGUGCUGCCAGUUAUGCCAGUGCUGCCAGUUAUGCCAGUGCUGCCAGUUAUGCCAGUGCUGCCAGUUAUGCCAGUGCUAUGCCAGUUAUGCCAGUGCUGCCAGUUAUGCCAGUGCUGCCAGUUAUGCCAGUGCUGCCAGUUAUGCCAGUGCUGCCAGUUAUGCCAGUGCUGCCAGUUAUGCCAGUGCUGCCAGUUAUGCCAGUGCUGCCAGUUAUGCCAGUGCUGCCAGUUAUGCCAGUGCUGCCAGUUAUGCCAGUGCUGCCAGUUAUGCCAGUGCUGCCAGUUAUGCCAGUGCUGCCAGUUAUGCCAGUGCUGCCAGUUAUGCCAGUGCUGCCAGUUAUGCCAGUGCUGCCAGUUAUGCCAGUGCUGCCAGUUAUGCCAGUGCUGCCAGUUAUGCCAGUGCUGCCAGUUAUGCCAGUGCUGCCAGUUAUGCCAGUGCUGCCAGUUAUGCCAGUGCUGCCAGUUAUGCCAGUGCUGCCAGUUAUGCCAGUGCUGCCAGUUAUGCCAGUGCUGCCAGUUAUGCCAGUGCUGCCAGUUAUGCCAGUGCUGCCAGUUAUGCCAGUGCUGCCAGUUAUGCCAGUGCUGCCAGUUAUGCCAGUGCUGCCAGUUAUGCCAGUGCUGCCAGUUAUGCCAGUGCUGCCAGUUAUGCCAGUGCUGCCAGUUAUGCCAGUGCUGCCAGUUAUGCCAGUGCUGCCAGUUAUGCCAGUGCUGCCAGUUAUGCCAGUGCUGCCAGUUAUGCCAGUGCUGCCAGUUAUGCCAGUGCUGCCAGUUAUGCCAGUGCUGCCAGUUAUGCCAGUGCUGCCAGUUAUGCCAGUGCUGCCAGUUAUGCCAGUGCUGCCAGUUAUGCCAGUGCUGCCAGUUAUGCCAGUGCUGCCAGUUAUGCCAGUGCUGCCAGUUAUGCCAGUGCUGCCAGUUAUGCCAGUGCUGCCAGUUAUGCCAGUGCUGCCAGUUAUGCCAGUGCUGCCAGUUAUGCCAGUGCUGCCAGUUAUGCCAGUGCUGCCAGUUAUGCCAGUGCUGCCAGUUAUGCCAGUGCUGCCAGUUAUGCCAGUGCUGCCAGUUAUGCCAGUGCUGCCAGUUAUGCCAGUGCUGCCAGCCCCACAACAACCUUUUCCCCGUGUGUGCACCUGUGUGUCCUGCCAUGUGCAUGUGCCGUGUGGGUUGCACGGGCAGUACCGUGAGAGUGUGAUGUAUGGCAGUGCAGGCAAGCAGGGCAUCAACGGUGCAGAGGAGCUGCUUUGGGAGGACAUGGCGUUCCGAGUGAGGCACGGUCAGGAGGCGAGGGAGGGCGAGGAGAGGAGGAGGAAGAGGCAGGAGGAGGUGAGUGCGCUGCUGGUGGCAGCGCGCAUGGCACCUCUGCCUGACAUGGGCGAGCAGCUGUCACCCGCGGACUAUGCCUGA